AUGGAAGCUCAAAAUCUGCAAAAAGGGAAACGCAAAAGAGAUACACUUUCAGUUCGUGAAUACUACUGUUACAAGCUUCAAAUGAGAAACGAUGAUGAAGAUCAAAUUUUGCAUACAGGAAGAUUACUCCAGCAAUAUUCAGUUGAUGAAUAUAUAAAAUUGGAAACACAAAGAUUAGACUUUGUUUCAUUCAAUCAAGAUUUAUUUAGAAUGGGUAUACUGCAAGGACUUCUCAAUAUUCUAAGACUGGGUGAACGAGAUGCUUCUAAUGUUAGAAAACAAACUUUUCUGCCAAAUUCUUUUAUAGGAGGUCCUAGAGAUAUGCGUCAAUGUUAUAUGGAUGCUAUUACAUUAGUGCAACGUUUCGGGAAACCUGAUUUGUUUAUAACUAUGACAUGUAACCCAUCUUGGACGGAAAUAAAAGAACAUCUAUGGUCAACUGACGAGGCACAAAAUAGACCUGAUUUGAUUACUCGAGUGUUCAGGGCUAAAAUAGAAGAACUGAAGACGGAUAUAUUGAAACAAAAUAUCUUUGGAAAAGUUGUUGCUUUUAUGUACACCGUGAAGUUUCAGAAACGAGGUUUACCCCAUGCUCAUUUUCUUAUUAUACUAGGUAAUGAGCAUAAAUUGUUGACAGUAGAGGCGUAUGACGAUAUAAUCAGAGCAGAAUUACCAGAUGACAAGGCAGAACCAGAUUCGCUUUACAGAAGACGAAAUACAGGGGAAGUUGUGAAAGUAAGAGAACAAUAUUUACAUAACUCCUGGGUUGUUCCGUACAAUCCUUAUUUACUUGGGAAAUUCAAUUGUCACAUAAAUGUUGAAGUGUGCUCCGACAUCAAAGUCGUGAAAUAUCUCUACAAAUACAUUUGUAAAGGACAUGAGAAAAUUGCGUUCUGUGUACAAAAUAACAAUACAAACAUAGAGAUAGAUGAGGUAAAGGAAUACAGAUCUGCUAGAUGGGUAUCACCUCUAGAAGCCGUAUGGCGUCUCUUUGGUUUUCCUAUAAGCGAAAUGUCUCCCAGCGUUUAUCGUCUUCAACUACAUCUUGAAGGUCAACAAUUUGUUUCUUUUAAGAGCAACACGGAUAUACAUACAAUUGUGAAUAAUUCGAUGAUCCAGAAAACAAUGUUAACUGAAUUCUUCUACAUGAAUGAUACCGACGAAGAUGCUAAAGAGCUCAACUUAUUGUACAAAGAAUUUCCUGAAUACUUCGUGUCAUCCUCCAGUGACAAAUUUUGGGCACGUAGACAAAAACGUUGUGCUGUUGGUCGUAUUGUGACAUGUCAUCCAAUAGAAGGAGAACGAUAUUAUCUUAGAUUAUUACUAUUGCAUGUGCAAGGACCGACGUCAUAUAAGGAUCUUUUGACAGUAAAUGGAGAGCCUUGUAGUACUUUCAGAGAGUCCGUAGAAAAAAGAGGAUUAUUGCACUGUGAUAAUAGCUUGAUAGAGUGUAUGUCUGAGGCCACAAGUUAUCAAAUGCCAUAUAGUUUACGACGUUUAUUUGCUACGUUACUGGUGUAUUGUGGUCCUGCCAACCCCAGAAAAUUAUGGGAACGAUUUGAAGAAUCGAUGAUUGAAGACUAUAAAGUGUUACAAACUAUUGAAAGAAGAGAAAUUUGA